CACACGCGUCGUCUGCUUUUAGCCUGCAGCUUAAGUACAUUUAAUACAAACGUCUGGGAAGUGGAAUUAACAUGGCAUGUGUCAGUGUCUUUAUUCGCCUGAAUGCACGGACCUGCUUUUUGGCAAAAGAAAAAGCGAGAGGUAAUGGUCUGUUAUAAGCUUCUAUAUACCAGCAUUCUAAGGAACCACAUGUAUUUGUCGCCAAUAACAGGAAAUUGUAGGCUAUAACUCAGAAACGCGAUGUGUUUCAUUGAGAGUGUGGAUAAAAAAAAAGAACUGGUAAAAAAAUGCAUGUCCUAACGGAAGUAGUGUCGAGUUGUUAAAAAAAAAAUUGACAUUUUAUGCAUGCGGUUCUUUUUUUAUUAUUUUUUUGUUACUUUGAUUCCAUGUGAAUUAAAUUAUGCAUCUUUUGACGUUGUCAUGACAACGUGUCUUGUCUUCUUAGUGCGAGUCGUACAGGUGACUAUACAGCCUAAAAGAAGGGUUCAGGAACUAAAAAAUCCCAUUAAUUUUCUAUAUAAACUUACAGCUUUUUAAUCUAACCAUAUAAACAGACUUACCAUAAACUGGGAGAUUAAGCAUUGAUACAUCUUUGUGUAGAAGGCACUAAUGUGAUUUCAACUUUAUUUAAAAUGUUUAUUUGCUUUUGUUUAUAUUUCCAGUGAAUAACUGUAUAACACAUAAUUCACAAAUGUGUUGUUAUUGAAAUAGAAAUACAAUUAGUGGCAAAAGAGCUCAACAGUGACAACCCACUCCCAUAAAGCACUGCAAACUCUCAAACUACGCAAACUGCCUUCUAUUUUUACAAAAUAAUAAUACGAAACAGAUGCUAUUUGACGUUUUAGAUAUCAUUCAUCAUGAUGAAUGGUAGUGGUGUCCAGAGCUUUAAAAUAACAUAGAUGUUUUGUGCUUUUAGUUACAAUUUUCAGUACAUUUUGCCAGUUCAGUUUAGAAAUUAGUCAAAACACAGAUUUGUCACAGUUGAUACUGCUUCUGGUUCAGUUGUCACAAAGGAAAUCGAAGGCCAAGUACAUGCAUUGCAUUGUAGGAUACAGUAAUUUUGCACCAUGUGCUUUAUUGUAUUGCAAAUUUUGGUAAAUGUCAUCUGGGUAUUCAAUGAAUGUAAAAGUGCUACUCUGCAAACGAUGCAUAAAAAUAUUAGGAUUACUACUACUAAUCAAAAAAAAUUGAAUGUUUUUAAAAGAAAAGUCUCUAAUGCAUACCAAACCUUUAUUUGCUCAAAAAUAAAGUAAAAAGACUGUUCUUAUGAAUUUAAAUUAAAUUUUGCAAUAUUACUGUUUUACUGUAUUUUUUUAUAAAUUCUCUUUGGUGAGCAUGAAUGAAUUACUAAAAAAAGCUUAAUUAUUUCAAAAUUUUGCUAAGAUAGACUGCAACCUCCAUCUUAAAAAAUCCUAUUCUCCAAAGAUAUGUCAGAAAACCAAAACCAAACAACUGUCUGGCAAAAAGCAGCUCAAAGUCAUCUGACUGGCUAGGCAAUAGCUUCAGACGGUCAUAUUGUUGUUGUUUUUUAACAGGGGACAUCUCAGGACACCUUUUCCAGUGAUCUGCCAGGUAGUAGGGACAUUGCAGCAUGCUAAACAAUCUCUUACAUAAUUUUUAAUAGGAAAAAAAUAGGAUUUCCAGGAACCAAGAACAAGCAAGUCAGCACUUGCUGUUUUGCACUAUAGGCUAAAUACAGUAUUUAUAAACAAAUCAGAUGAGAAAAAUCACAAUUGUAUGUAAUAUCUGAACAGUCUAUCAAUGUAAGUCAAAAUGCAAUCUUAAAUCUGUUAAAAUGUUUUCACAAAGAUUUAUAAAAGUUAACCUGAGCUGUCACCUACAAUACAGGUUUAUUUUUUAAACUAGACUAGUAAGAUAACUUUUAACACACAUUAGAAUUCCUAUAAUUAUAUCUUAUGUCUUUUUUGAGUGCCACUAAAAUGUAUAUAUGUAAUAUAAUAUCAUCUAAUUGUAAGAUGUAUGAACUUUGCAGUAAUUGUAUUAAAAUAUACUUUCCAUUAAGUCCAUGUAAUUUAGUAUCACUGUCACUUCAUUGUGUGUGAGUCUAAGUAACUUAUCAACAUUUCGAUUAAGCCACACAAACCACAAAAUGUGUGUGUGCUUCAGUGGGUAUGUAUAUCUUGCUUUUAUGGAGAGUGAGAGGGCGGGUUCAUGGGAGGCUAACCAGUCAUCAGGAAGCAAAACAGAACAGAAUGUGCAGUACUAAUCUGGGCGGAAAAAAAACAUUCUGUGCCGUGUGUGGUAACACAAACUCACAUUGUCUUGCAUACAAAUAGCCUACACAUGAAACAUAAAAAUGAGGAAGAUACAUAUAUUGGUUUCUUGAGAGGAUGCUCUUUUUGUUUAGACAUUACUUAAGAAACAAGCAAUAAAUAUAAAUGACGAAACACCAGAAGACUUGGAGUAAUAAGGGUGAGGUAGAUGUAAACAUACCAUGCAUACUGUUCUGCCCAGUGAGACAAAAAUAAAACCAGUCAAUGUAAUGCUCUUUAUUUAAAUACGAGGCAACUGUUACAUAACUCCCCGGGUAUUUGCUUAAUCCAAAACAAAGGCUGAACUAUUGCCCCCAAGACUAAGCCUAAAUGAGUUGUUGAGGGUCUGACACCUCUAUGACCCCUUAUUUUGCUAAUCAAAUGGGUUAUAAUGUCUGUUGCAGACAUUACAUCUCAUGUCAUGAAAAGUAACAUACAAAAUAAUGUUAAUAAUUUCCUUUGAAUUUUUAGCAAAUAAUAUAUUUGUAUUUUAUUCUAUAGUUUUUAUUUAUUUAUAUUGUUUCCAAAACAAUAUUUGUGAUGAUUUUGAUAUACAUUGUACAUGUAAAAUAUUAGGCCUACAGAAAAUAAAAAAUAAAAAUACGUAACAAGCACAUAUCUACACGUAAAAACUUUAACACACGACCCAUGAAUUAAAAUAUAUAAUUAAUUUGUUAAUGUUAACAACUAUUGAAAACAGUGUUGAGUAUUCUGCAAAGCAGAUCUGAGAUAGAAGACAAAGUAAACUCAUUGUACAAGGAACGAAAAGGUUAAGUUGCGUUAUUUAUAAUUGUGCUGAAUCUAUCCGUAAAAAAUAUUCUUUAGACACUAAGAUGUGAACUAUUAAAAUACUUGCAGCUUUCAUGGAUCGUUGUCUCAGGUGUGUAAUGGCGGUUUCUGAGCAGAAACACACUUCCGAUAUUUUUAGGCGUGAGAGCUUUUCUUUCGACGUCCGUGUUGUUGAUGGUAACCGGAAGUGCUUUACAUUUAGAUUUGCUCGUAAGGCCCUGCGGUCGCUAUUAGCGCGUUAGCAUCGCUGUGUUUAGCUGCAUUGGUGCGUUUUCGAUUUCGCAAACGCAAAUAAAGCAGAUUUAACGCUUUUUAGGUGUGCAUUUGAGUUUGAGAUUGGUGAAGACAUGGGAGACCCUUCCCUAAGCCGGGACUGCCCACUGGAUUGUAAGGUCUAUGUUGGUAAUUUGGGCAACAGUGGUAACAAAACUGAACUGGAGAGAGCAUUUGGCUAUUAUGGUCCCCUGAGGAGCGUAUGGGUGGCAAGAAAUCCUCCCGGCUUUGCUUUUGUGGAGUUUGAGGACCCCAGAGAUGCAACCGAUGCUGUGAGAGAGCUUGAUGGAAGAACACUGUGUGGUUGUCGAGUGCGCGUUGAAAUGUCCAGUGGUGAGAAGCGGUCAAGAUAUCGAGGACCACCCCCUUCUUGGAAUCGUCGGCCACGUGAUGAUUAUAGACGGCGCAGUCCACCCGCUAGACGCCGGUCACCUAGGAGGCGGAGCUUUAGUCGUAGUCGGAGCAGGUCCCUUUCCAGAGAGAGGAGAAGAGAGAGGUCUUUGUCUCGCGAUAGAAACUAUAAACCUUCAAGGUCUUUCUCAAGAUCACGCAGUCGUUCACGUUCCAAUGGUCGGAAGUGAGAAAUGUUGAAGACCAACCUUGUUAGAGAAAGCAUGUCUGUGCGCUCCUCAACAGAUUAGGAUGAAUGGAAACAGUGAUGGAUUUUUUUUUUUUUUUUUUUUGCCCCCUAAAGUCUUUUUAAAAUGUUUCUUCCCCAUAGUGUUCUGAGUAUUCUUUUUUACUUAAGAUGUCUGUGCUUAAUGGGUAGCAAUGGUUUCAUCCUGCCUGAAUGGCUGAAUGUAAUUUUAUGCUCUUUGGGCAGUGAAAAGUUCUGAAUGGAAUUCAUGUCUGACUUAGAUGGUCAUUUGAAACCAAUUUUGUAUGCGUUUUUGUUUGUACUUCCAUUAAAAGAAGUUCCUUAUGAA